AUGUCGACAAGCUGGUCCCAAGGCGGCCAGCCUUCGGGCCCGAUCCAGAAUAAUGGCAACCGUCACCAGGCAGGUUCUCCUAAUCGCGUUGGCGGCCCUCCUCCUAUAUGCUUCAAAUGUGGAAACGAAGGUCACUAUGUAGUUGACUGUCCUCAAACAAUACGCUCGACUCCAGAUGGUCUGGCGGCGUCUCGUGCUAGUGAUCCAAAUCAAUUAAGUGGCAAUGGGGCAACUGAUGGCGGGGCGCCAUCCAGGGCACAAUGGUCAAACGGCCAAGAUGGUUCUGUAGUCAACAAUUACCAGAAUACCAAAAAUCCCCCUGUGGUCACGCGAUAUGCAGUCCCGGGUCAGCCCCAGCAGUAUGGCAAUUUUCAAGGCCCUUACGGCCCACCUACAGCACCUCCACCGUAUCAGCAAUUUUCAGGCCCAGCACCCGCUUCUCAAUCUUACCCACCACCUCAACAGGCAUCAUAUCCUCCUCAUCAAAACCAGCAAUACGGACCGUCCGGAGCAUCUUACAGCUACAAUCAACCGCCCCAACAAUUGUACGGCGCUCCGCCUCCUAACCCACAGUAUGGUAACCAAGGAUACCAAGCACCACAGUACAAUAAUUAUCCACAGCCAAACGGACCUCCGCCAUAUGGUGGCCCAGGGUACCAGACACAACACUACGCACAUUCCCCAUCGGUACCUCCCUAUCACGAGGCGCCAAAUCAAUAUCCACCACAACCAGCCUACGGCGGGCCACAGCAACCCCCGCAUUGGAACUAUACGCCGCCGGUCUCGUCGCCUUAUAGCGCUUCGCCGUUUCAGCAGUCAAGGAAGUCGAAAUACAAUCCUCACUUCAAAAGGGAAUUCUCUGGAGCUUCUCGACAACAGUCUCAGUCCCAGCCGGGUUCACAACCAGAUUAUGGAUCGGGAAACUAUCAAAUGAAUCCCCAGGCUACUUCCUCUAACUCUAAUCUCACCCAAUAUGGGCCAAACCAAACCUCGCAGAAUCUCCCUACCAGUGAUGUACAUUUCUCAGGCAGUGAAAAUGUUGAAAACAUGAACGAAUCGAAUGCAUCCAGCCGUACUAGCACGCCUUACGCGCGACGCGGAUCUACCUCUGGCAACUUUCGCAAGGGUCGAAUUGGAGCUUUCACUCCAUUCAAUGGUAAUGCAACAAUAGAUCAGCAGAGUGACGAAAAUGAGCAGAGGGAGGAAGGCGAACUCUCCGAAGAAGAUCUGUUGGAGCAGGAAUUCAACUGGGAGCUCGAGAAGAUUUUCAAGGAAGAUCCGCCAACUGAAAACGUUAUUCUUGCGCAACCAUUAGCAACUACCUUUGAUAUGACACCUGUUCCUUUGCUGCACCUAAACUCGGCGCCCUCAGUAUCAAGGUAUGCAAGAAAGGAUAACCUGAACGAGUUCACCAGACAAAUUCGGAGCCAACCCCAAUGGACUUAUUUGCAGGAGGAUCCCGCCUUUUCGGAUGCCAAUAUGAAGGGUGAAUUGAUUCCUCUACAAGAGGUUCCAGCUUGGAUGGCAAAACGCCACGGCACGGUUCUCCCUUCGCUUUCUAGAAAACGAGAGUGGUCUGAUGAGGAAGAUCGACAAGACAAUGUAGGCAUACAGGUCAAGGACGACCCAGACUCAGAGUAUCCACUUGAAACUGUACCAAACAAGCGACAAAAGAAGGAGACCGAUUGUGAUAUGUCUGAUACUAUACCUGUUAAAGCACCUGGAACACCAACGGGCGCUCCUGGUACCCCGAUUCUAAAAAGGACUGGUACUCCAUCAUUCGAUGCUGGUGCUGAUACUGAUGCUGAUGAUGUUUGGGCUCCUCAACCAGGCGAAGGUGCUCUCUCUGCUCCUGUAAAUGAAGAUCCGACCGAGGCAUUGCUUGCGUCUCUAGGGGUUUCUGGUUCUCCUAAACCUGUGCGAAAAGGAUCAAUCCCGCCUGUCCUAAUGCCAGCAAAUGAUCAAUCUAUUUCUCCACAUGGGAAGUUACCGAAAAGCAUGUCCCCGCAGGAAAACCUGGGUUACAACAUGGCCCUACAGAACAAUCCUAGUCAUAGCAACUCCCCACAUGGAAUUCCUCCACAGGGCCAGUAUAACAAUGGUGGCAUCCCGACUAGACAGUCCAUUCCAUAUGGCGGCCCGCCGCAGGGAACUCCGCCUUACAACAUGCGUCCACAGAAGAAGCCGUCCUAUGGCAACGGGCGAUACAGCAUACCCCGGCAAAAUUCGUAUGGCAAUGGCAUACCUAUGCAGAGCAAAACCCCCUACAGCAAUGCCCCCUAUUCUGGACCUCCGCAACCUCAAUAUGCCAACAGUCCUCCAUAUGGAAAUGGCCCCUACGGAGUGCAGCAGCAAGGCAUGGCUCCUCAUGGUAAUCCACCUCAUGGAACAUUAUCACAAGGUCAUAACGCUCCCUGCAGCAAUGAUCCUUCCGGAGUGCUGCAAUAUAACAAUCCUACUUAUGGCACCCAACCUCAUGGAAUGAGUCCACAAGGAAAUCCAGCUUACGGCGUUCCCCCACAAGGGCAAUAUGGCAAUGGUGUCCCUCCGCCAGGCAACCCUGCCUACGGAAUGCCACCGCAAGGUCAACCCCCUUACAGUAAUCCUGCACAUGACAUAUCUCCACAAGGCAAUGCAUAUCGACCACCCAACAACCGUGUCCGUGGCAAUCAACCAGCUCGUAACGAUUCUGGUUAUGCUAGCUCCCGUGGAUCAAACAGCAAUGGCUUGGUUGUCAAUGCCUCUAACCAGCCUCAUUCCUCCUAUUCCCAGCCACGGGUUGAUGGCAGCAUUGAUACGCCUUCUCCCCAAGAGGAGACACCAGUUUUGUCGGAAUGCCAGAACAGCAAGAGCGAUGAGAACAACGAGUCAGGCGAAUCUCCGUUGACUCCAACAUCAGCAGAGAUACUUGGCAAAUUGAUCCAACCGGCACGUAAGACUAGUAAUGGGAAGAAGGCCGAAUCUCUGCGUCAAGCAGAUGACACGGUGCGGAAACCCAAGAGGCCGCAGCCAGUCGUAGCGGAAGCUUAUAGCCGUCGCUGGUGA